AUGACUGAGGCAAAACUCAUUGCUCCCCAACCACAUCAGCAAGCUCAGCUUUUGGAGAACAUCUCUACACAGCAACAGUGGUUCAAGGAGAGGGACCAGGUUCAGCUGAUCAGGUCGUCAGUAUCUGCAGCCAAUCGUGUGGCGCUGAAGACCGAGACUGAACAUGAGACUGAGAGCCAGCAGUGGACAGAGAGCCAAAUUGAUGAGGACAGUGACUCGGAGGAGAUCCUGUGUAGAAUCCCUGAGAGCUGUGCCACCGACCUGGCUCACCACCCUCAGCUGGAGACUGACAUUGAGGCAGUCAGGAAUUUGUAUUCGGACUCUGCAGCCUCCAUCAGGGAAUAUGGGUCAAUUGAUGAUGUGGAUGUUGACUUAAACAUAAAUGCCAACGUUUUGGAUGAGGAAGUGGCCAAGGCCUGGAGCAUUAACCCAUCAGAGCCCAUCGUUAUCCGUCUGAACUUUUCUCCAUCUCAGUAUCUGGACGGACCUGCACCUUCAGUCAAAGUCUUUCAACCAUCCAACACCGAUAAUUUCAGCCUCAGGAAACAAUUACAGAAUGUUCUCACAGUCUUCUUAUCUCACGAGUGGAAACAUCUGACCAAUGACAACGUCGUUGUCCGACAGAAGAGAAGACACAGCUGGUUCAGGCCAAGAGGAACCAUCAAGAAAUUUCGUGCAAGACUUAGCAUCUGGCUCCCACCAUCAAACCGGUCCAGUGUGCUAGAGGAACCCACUCUGAAAGCGAGGAUCAUUUCACCAGCGAUGAACUGUUUCACAAAUCAUACAACGUCCUACGCCAUCAAGAAUCCCACAGGAGAGCUCUUCACCGACACACCCAGUGGAAAGAGGGUUGCGGUGUCAGCAGUCAAGUCAUCAGCACAGCUUAGUACCAAACAGCUGAUGGAGCUGCUUUUCUCCUCCCAGGCCAUCAGACACUGUAAGACCACCCCAACUCUGCAGCACGGCUUCUUGGUGCAGAUAAUGAGGUAUGCUGAGCAGAGACUCCCCACGCUGAAUGAAUACUGUGUUGUCUGUGAUGAGCGACAUGUGUUUCAGAAUGGCCCUAUGUUAAAGCCAGCAGUUUGCACCAGGGAGCUUUGUGUGUUUUCCUUUUAUACGUUGGGUGUUAUGUCUGGAGCUACUGAGGAGGUUGCCACUGGUGCAGAGGUAGUUGACCUGCUGGUGGCCAUGUGCAGAGCUGCCCUUCAGUCUUCACGCAAGAGCAUCAUACUUGAACCGUUCCCCUCUGUUGUUGAUCCGUGCAACCCCAAAACCCUGGCCUUUAGUCCUAAGAGAAAGAGCUACGACAGGCUGCAAAAAGCGCUGGACAGUGUUUUGUUAAUCAGGAGGAUGUCACAGGGUCCUUAUUCUGAAAUAAAGAAGCAGAUGGACAAGAUGGACCCUCUCGCUCACCCCUUACUACAAUGGAUUUUAGCAAGCAACAGAUCACACAUUGUCAAGCUUCCACUGAAUGGGCAACUUAAGUUCAUGCACACACACCAUCAGUUCCUGUUGAUCAGCAGCCCUCCAUCCAAAGAAGCUCAUUUUCAAACUGCCAAGAAACUUUAUGGCAGCACCUUUGCUUUCCAUGGUUCCCACAUCGAAAACUGGCACUCAAUUUUGAGAAAUGGAUUGAUAAAUGCCUCUUAUACAAAAUUACAGCUUCAUGGAGCUGCAUAUGGGAAAGGAAUCUAUCUGAGUCCUAUCUCAUGCAUAUCAUUUGGAUACUCUGAGAUGGGUAAAGGGAAACACCAAAUGCCCACCAAAGAAGAACUCAUAAAGAAAAACAACCAAAUAAACAAAAUCAAACAGGACCAGCAUGGGCAAGCCAGGUUUCUGCAAAACAGGGAUCUAAACUGCAUUGCUCUCUGUGAAGUCGUAACUUCGAAGGACCUUCAAAAACACAGGAACAUUUGGGUGUGUCCAAUAUCCGACCAUGUGUGCACACGUUUCCUCUUUGUGUAUGAGAACGGCCAGGUAGGAGAUGUCCACAUCGACACUCAGGAAGCCAGGAUCCACAGGGAGAUUUUACAAGUACUAGCUUCAAACCGUGCUGAGAAAACAAAGAAUGAUUUAUGAUAUGAUCAUGAUAAGUGCAGAUUUCCUUUUUUUUUUUUUUUUUUAAACAAACUGAAAAUAGAUUUGUUUCUUUGUGGCUAAACAUGGCUUAUGGUUUGACAAGUCAACAU